GAGUCGGAAGCAGAGGUUCCGGGCUCCGGGUUCCGGGCUUCGGAAUGAAAGGAGGGAAGGCAGGUGAGAAAGCGAAGCCCGCAGGUGGGGAAACCGUGAGGUGAACGUGCCCUACCUUGGUGUGACAGAGGCUGGAGAGAAGGCAAGGAUCCUAAGGAACCAGACUGGGAAACACCCAGAGUACGAAAUUUUUAUUUCAUCAGGAAUGUGAUGUCACUGCAAGAGAAUGAGUCCAGCUUUGGUUGAAGGAGAACAUCAGAGAUGUCAUUAACAGGGCCAGGACUAAGGCUAAUCUGGGCCGACUGUGCCCUCACUUUUCCCUUCUCCCUGCCUGCAUUGGACAAUUGGAUUCAUAGACUGUGGCUAUGGAUUACUUAAGUUAUUCAGGGUGGUGGUGUUUUGCAGACAGCUGGCAGAGAGAGAAGUGGGCUACUACCAUGGAAUCACCAGAGGAGCCUGGAGCAUCCAUGGAUGAGAACUACUUUGUGAACUACACUUUCAAAGAUCGGUCACACUCAGGCCGCGUGGCUCAAGGCAUCAUGAAACUGUGUUUGGAGGAAGAGCUCUUUGCUGAUGUCACCAUUUCAGUGGAAGGCCGGGAGUUUCAGCUCCACCGAUUGGUCCUCUCAGCUCAGAGUUGCUUCUUCCGGUCCAUGUUCACUUCCAACCUGAAGGAGGCCCACAACCGGGUAAUUGUGCUGCAGGAUGUCAGCGAGUCUGUUUUCCAGCUCCUGGUUGAUUAUAUCUACCAUGGGACUGUGAAACUUCGAGCUGAGGAGCUGCAGGAAAUUUAUGAGGUGUCAGACAUGUAUCAGCUGACAUCUCUUUUUGAGGAGUGUUCUCGGUUUUUGGCACGCACAGUGCAGGUGGGCAACUGCCUUCAGGUGAUGUGGCUGGCAGAUCGACACAGUGAUCCUGAGCUCUACACUGCUGCCAAGCACUGUGCCAAGGCCCACCUGGCCCAGCUGCAGAGCACAGAGGAAUUUCUCCACUUGCCCCACCAUCUGCUCACUGAUAUCAUCUCUGAUGGAGUUCCAUGCUCCCAGAACCCAACAGAGGCAAUAGAAGCCUGGAUCAAUUUUAAUAAAGAAGAAAGAGAGGCUUUUUCAGAGUCACUCAGGACUAGCUUGAAGGAAAUUGGGGAGAAUGUACACAUUUACCUGAUUGGGAAAGAGUCAUCUCGUACCCACUCGUUGGCUGUGUCCUUACAUUGUGCAGAAGAUGACUCCAUCAGUGUAAGUGGCCAGAACAGCUUGUGCCACCAGAUCACUGCAGCCUGCAAGCAUGGCGGAGACUUGUACGUGGUGGGAGGGUCCAUCCCACGGCGCAUGUGGAAGUGCAACAAUGCCACUGUGGACUGGGAAUGGUGUGCGCCUUUGCCCCGUGACCGACUCCAGCACACCCUGGUGUCUGUGCCUGGGAAAGAUGCCAUAUAUUCACUGGGUGGCAAGACACUGCAGGAUACCCUCUCCAAUGCAGUUAUCUAUUAUCGGGUAGGUGAUAACGUCUGGACUGAGACAACCCAGUUAGAGGUGGCUGUGUCAGGGGCCGCUGGUGCCAACCUCAACGGUAUCAUCUACUUACUAGGGGGGGAGGAGAAUGACCUGGACUUCUUUACCAAACCGUCUCGACUCAUCCAGUGCUUUGACACAGAGACAGACAAGUGUCACGUGAAACCCUAUGUGCUGCCCUUCGCUGGCCGCAUGCACGCAGCUGUGCAUAAGGAUCUGGUGUUCAUCGUGGCUGAAGGGGACUCCCUGGUGUGCUACAAUCCCCUGCUAGACAGCUUUACCCGGCUUUGCCUUCCUGAGGCAUGGAGCUCUGCCCCAUCCCUCUGGAAGAUCGCCAGCUGUAAUGGGAGCAUCUAUGUUUUUCGUGACCGAUACAAAAAGGGGGACGCCAACACCUACAAGCUUGAUCCUGCCACUUCAGCUGUAACUGUCACUAGAGGCAUUAAGGUGCUGCUUACCAAUUUGCAGUUUGUGUUGGCCUAAGGCUGUGAGGGGAAGAGCAGCUGACUUUUGCCCUCCCUUUCUCCAGCACCUACCCAUCCAAACUCAAAGUCCCGGAGGCCCCCAUUCAGGUACUAUGUUAUUUUUUGGCACAUGUUAGAAAGGCAGCGCCUAAACCCUUGAACUCAUAAGGGUGUUCCGUUUGGGGCUUUUUAGACUGCUGCUUCUCAGCUGGCUGCUUGAACUGAGAGUAGGCCAGCCUAUUCGCCAUCCCCUUGUAAUCCUGUGCCUCCCUACAGAGCAUGUAGAGCAAGCCUCUUCUCCGCCCUUAGGCACAGCCUCCCCUCUUUACCUGAUCAGUGUUAAAUAGAAGCACCCCUGAUCCCGGGACAGAAGGAAAGAUGCCCAGUCUUCCUUUUUUUCCAUAGCCUGUUAAGUGGCUAAUUGGUCAUUUUUCCACGAAGAAUUAGGUGUUAGAGUUCUCCUUCAGGCUUUGGCUGGGAGAAUGGACUAAGCUGAAGGUGUCCUUCACCAGCAAGAGUCUACCCUAGAAUUCAGGACGUUCGUCUGUUGUUUUUCAUCUGUCUGUCAAGAAAUGUAUACUUUGGUUUUAUUUUUGGCUUAUUCCAAGGAGUAAGCCAGAAAGAAGUAGAAAGGAUUAUUUCUGAUUAAUCACAGAAACUUUUUUCAAACUCAAAUAUAUAAGGUCUCUACUCUUUUAAAAGCUCUAAGCUAAGCCAAGAGCUAGGAACUGUUCAUACAAAUAAAAGUUUUUGAAGGGA